CUUAGGUGCCCUAGAUGGGACCUAUAUCAACGUGUUAGUUGGUAGCGACGAUAAACCAUGCUACUGCAAUAGGAAAGGACAAAUUGCUACAAAUACAUUAACUGUAUGCACUAGGGACAUGCGCUUUGUGUACGUGCUCGCCGGAUGGGAGGGAUCGGCCGGAGAUGCGAGGGUGUUACGUGACGCAGUCACACGUCCCAGUCUCGUUUCUUCUGUUUGCCAUUACUUUUGUCUCAUUACAUUGGUUAAAUUUGAUGAAAAUAUUAAUCCAAUCGUUUCCAAUAGGGCAAUAUUAUCUAUGCGAUAACGGUUACGCCAACAGCGAAGGCUUUCUUACUCCUUACAAAGGUGUCCGUUACCAUCUCCAAGAAUGGGGCCCUGCUGUCAUGGUGCCCGAAAACCCUAAAGAAAUGUAUAACAUGCGCCACACCAAGGCGAGGAAUGUGAUAGAGCGCGCGUUUGCCGUUGUGAAGAUGAGAUGGGGAAUUUUGCGUAGUGCUUCGUUUUAUCCGAUCACUACACAAAUAAGGUUGAUCCUUUCAUGCUUUCUCUUGCAUAACUUCAUACGUGACCAAAUGACUGUCGAUCCAAUAGAGCAAGAGUUAGAUGUUGAGCACAUUCACCUUGGACUUGAAGAGGAGCAGCCAGAGCACAACGUUUAUGUAGACACAGUUGAGCCCACACCGGCUUGGAACAAUAAACGCAAUGAACUUGCUGAAACUAUGUGGCUUAGUGCAGGUAAUGCUCACCAUGUUUAAGCUCAAGUUCAGGUGGAAGCCAUAUUUUCGUCGGAUUGGCCCACGUGCAAUGAAACACAUUUUUAAUGACU